UUAAACUUUUCGCAAUUGCUUUGGAUACAUUAGCUCCAGCUAGCCGCUAGUUAGCCGCCGCUAGCCUUGUUUUUCCACCUGUAAGCGGUGGCGUUUCGCUCCUCUCUGAGUGCUAAUGUAAGCUAGCUGCCCAUACCAGUUCGGGAUGGAGAGCCCCCCAUUUCUUCUCGAUCGUGGUGUUCGCCUACAUUCUCGUUUCGUCGUGAACACCAGGAUCCAUUAAGAGUGGGAUCUGGAGACAAGACCAUGAAGCGUCCAGCGAUACCUUAGUUAAAUCCAAUCUUUGUACAUUUCAAACACUCAGAGGUAACGUGGCACAGGUCUUAAGGACGUCAGCAGCCUCCUCUAAGCUGGUGAUGUCACGGGUUCCCACCCCCCCUCCGCCUGGGGAGAUGUCCAGUGGCCCAGUGGCGGAGAGCUGGUGCUACACCCAGGUAAAAGUAGUGAAGUUUUCCUACAUGUGGACCAUCAACAACUUCAGCUUUUGCCGAGAAGAGAUGGGCGAAGUGUUGAAGAGCUCAACGUUCUCCUCCGGCCCUAACGACAAGAUGAAAUGGUGUUUGCGAGUCAAUCCCAAGGGACUGGACGACGAAAGCAAGGAUUACCUGUCGUUGUAUUUACUACUCGUGAGCUGUCCGAAAAGCGAAGUCAGGGCCAAGUUCAAGUUCUCCCUGCUCAACGCCAAGCGGGAGGAGACGAAGGCGAUGGAAAGCCAAAGAGCGUACCGCUUUGUCCAGGGCAAGGACUGGGGCUUCAAGAAGUUCAUUAGGAGGGACUUCCUGCUAGACGAGGCCAACGGACUCCUGCCGGAUGACAAGCUCACAUUGUUCUGCGAGGUGAGCGUGGUUCAGGACUCGGUCAACAUCUCGGGCCAGUCCAACAUGAACAUGCUGAAGGUACCCGAGUGCCAGCUGUCUGACGACCUGGGCAACCUGUGGGAGUGCUCGCGCUUCACCGACUGCAGCCUCUACGUGGGGGGGCAGGAGUUCAAGGCCCACAAAUCCAUCCUGGCAGCGCGAUCCCCGGUUUUCAAUGCAAUGUUUGAACAUGAAAUGGAAGAGAGUAAAAAGAACCGUGUUGACAUCAGCGACGUGGACCCUGACGUCUUCAAAGAGAUGAUGGGCUUCAUCUACACCGGCAAAGCGCCCAACCUCGAGAAAAUGGCCGAUAACCUGCUCGCGGCGGCCGAUAAAUACGCUCUGGAGCGUUUAAAGGUCAUGUGCGAGGAGGCCCUGUGCAACAGCCUCUCGGUGGAGAACGUGGCGGACACCCUCAUCCUGGCAGACCUGCACAGCGCUGAGCAGCUCAAAGCACAAGCCAUAGAUUUUAUCAACAGGUGCAGUGUCCUGAGACAGCUGGGCUGUAAAGAUGGGAAGAACUGGAAUAGCAACCACGCCACGGACAUCAUGGAGACGGCGGGCUGGAAGUCCAUGAUCCAGUCCCACCCGCACCUCGUGGCAGAGGCCUUCCGCGCCCUGGCAUCCGCACAAUGCCCCCCCUUCGGUCUGCCCCGGAAGCGCCUAAAACAGUCGUGACCGACCCCGGCUCCCCCGGCAGCAGCAGCACCACCACCCCCCCCCACCACCGCACCCAGCCCCAGCCUGUGGCCCUGUAGGACUUUUUUUACUGGAGGAGUGACGCGCGGAGGACGUGGCCGGGGACGGACUUGAGGUCAGAGCUCUGUUCCACCACACAACACCACAGUGGGGGGGGGGCGGCGGCGGCGGCGGCGGGGGGCCACCCCCCCCACCCCGGCAACAAGAGUACAGUACGAGUGAAGUAUCGGUUCAGCCGUACGGACGGACGGACGGACGCGCACGUGACACGGAGGUGAGGGCGAGAGAGGGAUGGGAUUCGAUCCGCGGCGGCGUUCCGUUGUCUCGUUCCGGCCGUUCCCGGCGGGAACCUCUCCGGUCCGGGAAAGGGAGGCGUGUUCUUCUGCUGUUUUCUUUUUGUUUUUUUUUCUUUUGUUUUUUGAUUUCCACUUACUUUCAAAAUGGCCUUAAUAUAUAUCUGCCAUUGCUCUGGAGCGCGUCUAGAGACCCUUUGUCUAUUUUUCUCUGUGCCUGCCUUGUCCCCGUGACCAGGCCUCCUCCAGAUUGCACUAGUUCCCAUGGAUAGUCUUUUUUUCAUAUGAAGUUCUAUACGCAUCAAAGGGUUUGAUGAAAAUGGGAAGAUAUUAUAUAUUUCUAAUGUUUAGCCCGUUUUGAGACUAGACAUUAUCCACAAACAAAAGAAAACAACAAAUGAAACGUCGUGAGCGAACGCUUUUCAGUGCAAGGUCAACUCUUUACACUUUUUAAAAAGAUGAGUAUGCCCCAUAUUGAUGGCACCAUUUCUAUGUAAAUGACAAUUUGAACCAUCUUCAGAAGACCAGUGUAAAAGACAGUAUGUUCAGAUGUGUAUUUUUUGGGGUGGGGGGAGGGAGACCACAAUAACAACCCAGUGUCCUAAAGACCCUGUGUUGACGUUUAAUUUCUACGUAUGGCAGUGAUGUCAAUACUCGGGCCCCUGGUCUAAUUUUUGUUUUUUCAUUUUAUUUAAAGAGUCAACACUCAAAUCAAACCCCAGGACUCGCAACGAAGCUAGUGCGACGGUGGAUUCUGAUUGGCUCAAAGUGGUGCCGUGUGGUGCCACUUAACUUAAGGGACACCCCCCCCCCCGGUGGCAGUUUCAGCCAAUCAGAGCAAUGCUUUUGCUUGCACUGAGCAGCAGGAGCAAGCCGGUUUUCACCUGUAGGUCUGAGGUUUGGUUUCCGGUGUUCUCUUUAAAACCAUUGGACGAAUAUGGGGACUAUUUACCCGUUCUAUUUGACAUAUAAUCCAGAAACAUAGGUCUGUGAACUGCUAUAGAUAAAAUUUUCCAGAGAAUUUAGCUUUCCAUAGUAUUACCAACUUGCGAAUAUUAUAUACUCGAUAUAUUGUGGUUAACAAAAAAAAAUGGAGAGUCUAAUGCAUGGUCAUGUGCUGUUGAAAAAAAAAGGUGUUCUCGUACCGAUUUAUGGUUUUUGUUCCGUUUUUCUUAAAGCCAACAUUUCUCUGCAACGAUUGGAAUAACUUGUGCAGAACGAAGAGGAGAAUGGAUAAUGUGUGGGGGGGGGGGACCGGGUUGGGGGGGGGAACCGUUGACUCCAACCUGCUUGGGUUUGUAUAGGAUGCUGAGCAUCACUACUCUUGGAGCCUUGUACUUAUGUGUGUGGACGGGAGGUGGGAGGGGGGGGGUGUUUAUCUGGUUACCUGUUAAUCCACCUUGUUUCCUUACAAAGUAUGGUAUGAACGGCGCUUUGGAAGAUGUUGUAAAUUAACAGAGUAGCAUCCGUUUAUGAAUGGCGUUACUCACGGUCCAGUGUCACGAUGUUGUUGAAACUUUUUUUUUUUUUUUGGAAGAGGAAAAAAAACGUGAAGUUGUCUGCAAGAAUGCCUGCAUUAACCCAUUAAAACUUUUUUUCCAGCA